AUGGUGAUCUUUUCCGAUGAGAAGAAAUGGAAUUUGGAUGGCCCCGAUGGCGUUGGCUACUAUUGGAGGGAUCUUCGACGUGAUCCGAUGGUGUUUGGAACUCGAAACUUUGGCGGUGGUCCUGUGAUG